GGCGGGGCGGGUGGCUGCUGCGGCUCCGGGCAUGCUCCGCUGCCGGGGCUGCAGGCGGGCUGGUCGAGCUGGUACCCUGCCGGCCGGAGCGGCGGCGGCGUGGGGCAGCAUGAGGGAGCCACUCGUGCGUGUCCUGCCACAACGACCACCCCAGCAGCUGAGCUUGGAUGAGGCUGGUGCAUUAUGUACAGUGUAGAAGACCUCCUGAUCUCUCAUGGAUACAAGCUGUCAAGAGAUGUUCAGGCACCCCACGAGGCUCACUAUGAGGAGCGCCAGCCAGCGAGGACCAGAGUGAGAGCGGGUCAUGGCCUGCUGAAUGGGUGUGAGGAUGGCCCUGCUGCCGUCCCACACGGUAAGGUGUACCCGGGGACAGGACCCGGGACGGGUUCUGACAAGGGCCGCCAUGCACUGAGAGCCCACGGAGGGCCCCCGAGCACCGCUGUGGCCAGGAUGUCUGAGGAGGGGUUUUAUCAUCCACCCAUGCCAGCGUGGUCCACCCAGCACCAGGGCGGUCACAACCACGCCUAUUGGAGAAGAGGACAGGAAGCCAGUGGCAUGCGGGGUCCCAGAGACCGAGAAGACCUGGAGGUCAGAGGAGUGGCCCAAGCCCCCAGCCUGCCGGUCCACGUGAGGGAGGGUCCAUGGGAAGUUGGAGGAAGGACAGAGAAUGUGAUGAAGAAGGCGGUUUGGGAAGAUGAGCUGAGAGUGGCAGGUCCCGCCAAGUGGCGGAAUGUAAGCAUGGAAAGCUGGAACCAGCCGAGGAGGUUAGGAAGGCAGAUGUCUGAUGGUGAUGGGGAGAAACUGUUUCAAGAUCUAUACCCUUUCGUGCGAGGAGAACACGUGCUGAAUGCCCAGAGCAAAGGAAAAUCCCGGUCAUUGCCUAGAGUUCUCUCGCCCCAGAGCCUGAGCUGCACGGAAAUUCCACUAAGCCAUGGGCACUUACCAGGCAUCCCUAAAAUGCCAUUUUACCCUCCAAAUUGUGCACCGAAUUUGGAACCCACAGGGAACCCCGAGCAGGGUGGCUCCUCAGCCCCUUUACCUUGGCCAAAGUUUGGGAGACCCCUCAAGCCUCCAUCCUACGACUCCCACCAACACUCUAGGGGAGGAGUGGAGAACAGCGACUGUCUGGACAGCCAGCAGACAGACUUGAGUGACCCCUACUUGACCAGAACUAAUCACCCCCGGCAGGAGCUCGGCCUGCCCGACGCUGGUCUGGAGCCACCCAUGUACGUGCCUCCUCCAUCAUACAGGUCGCCGCCCCAGCACAUCCCAAACCCCUACCUGGAGGACGCGGCGCCCGAGCGGGUGUGUGAUGGGCGCCAUCAUCCGACUGAGGAGGCUGCUGCCAGCUAUCAGCUUCCUUCUGGCUCCUUUGCAACUGGGAACGAGGAUGGCGGGAGCCCACACUCUCCUCAGAGCUUCUCACAACAGUCCCAUCCCAUCACUGCUUGUGACGGAUCCGUUCUCUACAUUCCCUUUGAUGACCCACGGAUACGACACAUUAAACUGUCCCGACACCAGGGUUUCCGUGAAAAAACAAAGGUGGAUGAGAAAUUGCACAACUCCGGUCUGGUCUCUGCCCCUGAGCCAGCUCAUGGAAACAUGCACCGUGAUGGUGCCGUUUUGAACCCACGGAGCGUCAUGUCACCACCAGGGAGUAAGAGAGGCCAUGCCCUUGCCGACCCCAGUCCCCGGUGGCUGUGGGGCCAGCUCCCCGGGGAGGGAGAAAAUGGUGGCUUUCCUGACCAAAGAGACCACUGUGUGAUGAGAGGACAGUGGCCUGAUGUGAGAGACAGCCAACAUGGACAAGCAGAAAGCCAAGUCUCCUCCCCAAACCCACAGGGCGAGAGUACCUGCGAAACCCGAACCAAGCUCAAAAAGUUUGAAGCUGGGAUUCAGACCAAGAAAAGUUCAAAUAAAAAAGUGAACGAGACGAUAUUUUGUUUGGUUUCCAUCCCAGUGAAAUCAGAAUCACAUCUGCCAGAUACAGAUUCGAACAACAAUGACUUAAAGCAGAGUACUGAUAAAAAGCAUGGGCUCAAUAAGAGCAUGGCCCUGCAAGAGCAGAGCCUGCUGAGCAUGUCUUCCACUGACCUGGAGCUGCAGGCUCUCACAGGAAGCAUGGCCGGGAGAACCGAGUUCCCAAAGCAAGAGCUGGGGGAACCCGGAGAAGGCAGACAAACAAAUGACCUCAGAUUCAUUCACCCCACGAAACACAGAGAACUCCAGUAUUCUGGCUCGUGGCCAGGGCACCAGUACAGAGAUCAGCAAACACAAACCACUUUCACGGAAGAAUCCAAAAGCCCGAAGCCCCUCCCUGCUGAGAAGUCAGAAGGGUCACCUAAUGCAGAGCUGACUCCCACAUUUCUAGACCCUACUGCCUCCAAAGCUCAGAUGCGCACGGCAUUGGCUUCCAGUGACCAGUACCAGAGGCCAAAUGCUCAUCAUCUGAAAGGUCAACUGUCCCUCAACCUUUCUAGCCACAGUGCUUUCUCAAGGACUUCCUUAUUCGCAAACCAGGCCCCUGUGCCAAAAGUGGGCCGUAGUCAGUCCUGCACAGAUGGCCAUGGACAUGGAGCCAGCCCCACAUCCAGAAGCGAGGUGGUGAAGGGGGCAACCACAGGUCCAUGCAAUAGUCAGCAGCUGUUUGGGCAGUUUCUUUUAAAACCAGUCAGCCGUCGCCCCUGGGAUUUGAUAAGUCAGUUAGAAAGUUUUAACAAGGAGCUUCAGGAAGAGGAAGAGAGCAGUCACAGCAGCAGUGGCAGUGAGGACAGUGAGACUGAAUGGCAGCCAGCGGGCCAUGCUGAUGGCACAGCCAAGAGCUUGGGCUUCAGUGAAGACAGCCAGGAAAGGAGGGCGGAGGGACCGCCAAGGAGGCUGGUGCUGGGGGAGCCUGUGUUCGGGUCGGGAAGGGUGAAGAGUAAGUCCGAGAGUUGGAGUGAGGAGCAGAAGCCUGCCACCUGCCACCAGGGUUCUUAUCCGCAAUACCUGGGCCCCUCGCGGGUGGAAGAUGGCAGGCGUGAAGCGUUGCUGUCAGCACAGGGGAGCUUGAUUGUGGAGAAGAGAAACCAGGACGCUGGGAAAAGAAUAAAGGAGCUGGCACUCAGCCCAGGUCCUGUGAAAAGAGUGAUGUCUUCUGGGUCAAGUGACACAGCGUCCUCAUCCCAUCCCACUGAACUGAGGGAACCCCAGCAAAGGCAGGAACUCCCCAGUGUUUUAAGGUCUGUGGAGCUGAGCAAAGCAGCCCCUCCGAAGCCUGGUGAUGGGGAGCACAGGGACACAGCGGUCCCACUCUCUCUCACCAACAAACCUCGAGGACUCUCGGCCCCAGACCUGAGGUCUGUGGGGCUGACCCCAGCCCAAGAGCAGAGUGCCAAUGAAUUGGAUAGGUCUUCAGGUGAAGCGAGUGCAAUAGAAAUCCCCCCAAACGAGUCCCUUCAAGCGAGGGCUGCCAGGAUCCUGGGCAUUGAGGUGGCAGUGGAGUCCCUGCUGCCGGGCGCCAGGGGAACAGGACAAAACCAGCACCUGGAGCAUGAUGGCAGUGCCUGCAGGUCAGUGUCCCCUCAGGAGGAGCCGGUAUCCAGCCCAGCACAGCUGGAUGACCCCAGAGAGUCCACUGAUGCCUUUUAUGGCAGGAGAAAGUGUGGCUGGACCAAAAGCCCUCUGUUUGUAGGGGAAAGGGACAGUGCCCAACGGGUGCCCUGGACUUCUGAGUGCUCAGGUGUAGAUGGAGCCAUCCCCAGCAAAGCCCCCGACCCCGAAUCUCAGCCCUGUGCCCUGGAGUCCAAGCCCUUCCAUCACAAGGACACGGAGACAAAACCACCAUUCCGGUCCACUUUGUUCCACUUUAUAGAAAGGACUUCGAGUGUGGCAGGCUCAGAAAGGAGGCUCAGAAGUACUUCCAAAGUGAUUGAAAGUUUACAGGAGAAACUGGCUUCUCCCCCCAGGAGAGCUGACCCAGACCGCUCGAUGAGGAUGAAAGAGGUGAGCUCUAUGUCUCGGAUGAGGCUCCUGAGCUCCCGGAGCGCGGGCUCCAUGGAGGACGCCGAGGAACUGAAGGCUGAGAGGGGCCCAGGGGCUCAGCCGGGAGGCCUGGCAUCUCUGACCACUGGGGACCUGGCCUGGAAGGCGGGAAGUGCAUUCUCUGUCUGCAAGGGUGCCCGCCCACUGGAAGAGAAUGGGCAUCUGGCAGCAGGAAGGGAGAAGAAGAGCUUGGAUCAGGACUUCUGGUGCCCAGACUCAUAUGACCCAAGCAGAGUGGAGAGAGUGUGAUGAGAUGGCAGUGAAGUGCCCGCCUGCCGUAUUUGCUGACUGCGUGUCCUGUGGUUUCGUCUGUCAGCCAGCUUGUCCGUGUGUCAGUAGACACUGCUGGCUUGUAGUGCACUGUGACGUCCGUUACCACCGCUGCCAGGAGACUCCAUGGCUACAGAGUCGCUUUGUGGAAGUAAAGGAGUAGUCUGUUGAAAUCACCUGUUUUUGUAACAUGAAGAGUUAAUACCUAUUUAGAAAAGAGUCCCAUAGACUCUCCUGCAUGAUGGAUUUAGCCAAGCUGGUAAAUAGUUUGGUGUUAAUCUGGUUCUGUGACAAUCUGAACAUGGACGACAGAGGGAAUGAUUUUGAAAGGGUCGUGAAUGUCAUGAGUUCCCCUUCACAUCCCCAGGGCCUGCGGUCCAUGCUCGCGUGGAGGAGUGUGGGACGCAGGCCCUUUCCCGGUGUUUCUGCACUUUGACUUCAGGGGAAAUGUGAACGAGCAUAUCUGAGAUCCAUUUCUAAUCAAUUUGGCCUUCUGCUGCUGGGAGUAACUUAACUUAUAAGUAACUUGCCAUCAGAGACUAAAAGCAAUAUCUUUUUAAGUUUCUAAAAGAUUAAAACUUGCUAUAAUGUACUAAGAGUAUUAUUUAUCUGGUAAUGAAAUACUAGGAUCGUCUGCAAACAAUGCCAUCAUCUGCUUUGCACUCAGUAUUAUCUAUUUUUAUUUCCUGUAUGGACACUUAGAAAUUCUUUAUAUGAAAAAUAAUUGCUGGUUUGAAAUAGACCAUUUUAACAAAGUGACUAUAUUUCUUUUUACAAAAAUGCUAUUUUUCUAUGUUGUAAACAGUUGUUAGGUGGCAGAUUUAUAAGGAAGUAUUAUUUUAUUUAAGAAUCUGUAUCCCGUUGUGUGAGAGGGACCCAGAGAGGGUUCACCUUUGCUUUAAAGCAUAUACCCCUUAUCCAUUCACAAUUCUGCUAUUCCUGGUUUACCUUAGAAAAAGAUGUCAAUAGAGACAUUUUACAGGGUUUAUCAAAUAAACUUUUAACAAAAAUUUUUUUUACAAAUAUAGCUACAAGGUUAUAUAACCCUCUCAAAACCAGCCAGCAUCCUUAUGAUAAUUUUUGCCGCCAUGUCCACUAGAAUUACCAAAAAGCAUAGUUUCAUCUCUGUAUAUCUAUGGGGCUCUGCCCUGAGACCAUACUUUCCUCCCCUCGCCCUCUGUCCCUUUAAGAAAUAUGUAUUUUUGUCUAGAAUGAUCCUUAAUUAGUCUCUGCAUAUUUUUUAAAGUGCUAGAGAUGUUUUAAAUAUGCCAUUGUAAAAGUAUUAUGAGGCCUAUGUAUUCUACUGUGUUUACUAUUGCAUUAACCUGCACAAAGUUUAUGCAUUUGUUAUGCAUUUGCCUAUUCUUUCUAAGUAAGGUAUUCUCGUUAGCUAGCAUUUCCUGAAUACGUUCUUGUCUCUUCCCUCCCUUUUUCUUUUUCUUUUCAUUUCUACUUUUCUCUUUCCUUUUUUUUUUUUUUUUUUUUGAGAAGCCACCUUAUCUAUUUUUAGACAUUUCAAAUUCCUAAAAUGUGAACUGCUGGGUGGUCUGCAAUUUGGCCCUAAAACAGCUCUGACUGGGCUUCCACGCCUGUUUUUAUCUGUACCAUAUGAUUCUGUUUCAUAAGAACUUCAUGUAUUUGGACUGUAAUAAACAACACAGAAUCUAAGUAAUUCUAAAAAAUCUUUUCAAAUAUACUUAUCCACAGUCUUGGGUCACUUCUUUCCAGAUUUUUGGCUCUUGUGAAAAGUUAUAGUAGGCUCUUGUUUUCACAACACAAAGAGAAGGGCCAGGUCUCCGCUAGGAGAAGCUUACAUUGUUUUUCCCGGGAAACAUUUACUGGAUAAGAGAUUUAUUACUGUGUUAUAGUCAGUGAAUCACCUAAGUUAUCUGACCAGAACUAAUGAGGGUGGUCGCCUGGGGGUCUUGUGGGUAUCCUGCUUCCCUUUUUAAAUGCAAGUGUAAGAAGGUAGGCGGAUAUAUACAUAAGCAGAUAGGUAUGUGCAUAUACAAAGAGACACAUAUAUUGUACAAUGUACAUAUAAAUGAACUCUGUUCUGACUUCCUUCUAAAUUUUGUUGAUCCCAUGUAAAGACUUCUUUUAAGGAAAAGAAAUAAUUUUAGCUUAUUCCUCAAGAGAAAGAGAAGGGUAAAGAGAAACAAUUAUUGUACCUUAUGUAUAUCACAAACAAACCAAAAUAUGAUACUCUUGUUUUGUUUCUUUCUAAGUUGUUGUAUUAUAGCUUUCUGAAACCAUUCUGAAUUUAGUUGAUAUUAUCAAUAUUUAUACUUCUAAGCUUUAUUUCUGGAUUCCAACUUGCAAAUAAAUCUUUUGGGGGAGAAGGGAAGGUAACUUUGAAAAUUUGACUUUUAAACUUGCAUAUUCUGAGGGAAAUAAUACAGUCUAAUCAGAAAUUUCCCAAAGGUAUUGAACUGAUUGCUAAUCAGUCUUUUAUUAUUUCUAUUGCUCAUAUAUACAUAUGUCUUUGGUAUUACUUGUGGCUGAAAAAAACUUUUUGUCUUUUAUGUUUGUCAUUGUUUCUGUCAUAUGAAUGACUAACUUUUGGUGUUUAAUAAUUUAGGGCUUGUACAAUUAAAUUAAAAGUUCUAAUUUUUAACAUUUGGACUAAAAAUUAUAUGAAGAAUUACAUAUGAAAUGUAUUUGUAUUUCUUAAUUUGCAAAAGGAAAAUAUGUUAGUAAUAUAGCUCUAAUUACCUCUUUGAAGGAAGAUUCUCAAUGAUUGAAAACCAAAUAUCUUUAUUAUCAUUUUUCAACCUUAUGUUUCUGCAAACCACAGAAAACCCCUUAAAUGUACACACAGCCCCUGACUGCAGCAGCUUCAAAAUCCUUCUUCAUGUUGUCCACAACUAUUUGAAUUUCUUUUUUAAAAGUCACUUAAGAAUGGCUACUCUCUGAGAUCUGGUGGGGGUACUGGAAGUAUAGGUUGCAGUUUUAAUUCAUGUGGAGAUUCUAAGUAGAACAUUUCCUAUUCAUCUGACUGUUGGUGAAGGGCUGGUGUCGGUGGAAGUUCAAGUGCUUAAACUCCACUGAUUCUGAACUAGACCCUGACCACUCUGUGUGGCAGCGCAAUGACUGACUCUGGUAGAAGCUUGGCCGAGGGCUUCUGAGGAAAAACGAUGAGCCCACCCACUGGUGACAGAGCUGCCUCCCAGCCCUGAGCGGAAGGGACGGAUGGAAGAUGAGAUUGACCUGCCAUUGCAUCUGUGACCCCCAAGGACUGUGUGUGUGUGUGUUGCCUCUUUUGUUUGUUUUGUUUAAAGUGAUUAAAUAAUACGCAGUUAAGUAUCAGGUUAUCAUCUCUUGAAAAGUGAUCAGUGCAGCAGAAUUCUCUCUAAAUGUCUGAGCUUAGAGAAACACUCCCAUUUCAGAGUUCUUGUAUGCAGUUGCUUCAGUGUUGGGACCAUUGUUCUGCUAGAUCUGCCUGUGCAGGGGAUGGAGCUUGGGACGGAGUGAGGGUGGGAGUGUGUUUCUUAAGCUGAAGCCAGUCUAGCAGGCCUGGGGGAUUUCUGCAUUUUCUCUUUGUUUUUCACUGCAGAUUCUGUACAUCUGUUCGUGGGAGGAGAGUUUGCUACUCAGGACAGAAUUUAAGAGACACAUUCCAAGUGACCUUCAAGAGUCUGCAUGGUGGGAGGUCCUUUUCCUGGAUGGUGGGUUGGCCCACUGUGGGACCCACCAAGGGGAGAUGAUAAAGUAGCAUUAAAGAAAGAGGGUCCCCAGCCUGCGUGGUAAGGAGUGGAUAAGACUGUAAUUCAGACGGGGGCCUCAUGGGAAGGUCGGGGUGGCCUAGCAGACUGCCCGUUGAAACAAUCCUCGGGUUCAUCAGCAGUGUGGCGAGGCUGGCAGAGCGCCUGCAGAUUCCUGGCUUUGACUUUUGAGACCCCCUGUCACAGUUGUGUUUACUGCAGAGGACAGGGACAUCCUUGUACUAUGGCCUCUGACUGAAACUCUAACCCAAAGGCAAGUGUGGCCAUUCGUCCCAUUGCCUUGAUUGGGGGUGAGGAGGAGCGCUCUCCCAACCAUUCACCCCUUUCCCAAGUGGAAGCUAGGCCCUGGGCCUGCAGCUGAGCCAGAGGGGCAGCCCUUCUGUCCUGCUGCCCUCUCCCUCCCCACGGCGGGCCCAGGCACAGCCGUUUACUGUCACAGAGCAAGAGGGAGACAAAAGAUUGAGAAGCACAUGGCAGAAAUUAAAAAUGAAAACCGCAUGUCUCAGUGAGGGAGAAGAGCAGUAAUUUACAGAUUAUAAACUCAAUGAGGGACUUAUUCUUCACCUGAAUCAGCUGAAAUUCAAGCCCCCCAAUGCAUAUGCAUGCCUGACAGUAUAGCUAAGCAGAGGCAUCUCAAAAAAAAAAAAAAAGAACAAGACCUUCUAAAAUGUGGUGAAGACAAGGCCCUGUCUUCAGGAACUCGGUAACUGUACAGCAUUUCUUCGGGCACCAUCAAGGCACAGGCAGGUGGGGAGGGUCCCAGGAAAGGCAAGCAGUGCUGGCCAGAGGCCGGCUGUGGUCUGGCCCCCAGAGCAGGUGGUGCCAGAGGCCUUGUGGUGGGUGACGAGAGGUGAAGGUGGGUGAAGACUAGUGACACCAGCACGGCACAUUUGAAUGUCUUAAAGGAGCUCUUGUAUUGCUCUGCGUAAUGUAAGGACUUGCUGUUUCAGGAUGGCUGGCCUGCUCCGUGACACACGUCCCAAAUAAAGACGUUGCAUGAAAGUUCCCAUGCUCAUCGUCUUUGGCUGUCCCGUGGGCCUUAAAGGCUGACCCCGGAGGCAGCCGGCUGCAUGGGCACAGCCCUGGUGGUGUCGGUACAGGGUCAGGUGGCCCGAGACGUUCCAGCCCCGCUGGUCUCCACCAGGUAUUUCCUGGGUGUUGGUGCUCCACUUUGUGAUCCUCACAGGGGCUUGCUGAUGUGGUGGGAAGAGGCCUGGGAUCCACUUGGGGACUGGGUUUGAAUUUUAACGUGUGGCCUUGUACAUGUCUCUUCCCCAGAUUCUGUUUCCACAUCUACCAUAUUUUCAGACCAUAAGACGUACUUGGUUUUAGAGGAGGAAAAUAGUGGGAAAAAUUUGAAGCAAAAAAUGUGGUAAAAUAUUUAAUAACACAAAUAACAUAAUAUUUCACCAAUGUAAAUGUAAAGCUAUAUUUGGACUAUAAGACAUACCCCUCUUUCCUCCCAAAUUUGGGGGGAGUGCAUUUUACAGUCUGAAAAAUACGGUACCUCUCUCACUCCUUGAAUAUAAGAAUCAAAUAUACAGAAAGGCCCCUGGCACGCUGGCCGUUCAGUGCACGGAAGGUGAACGUGGACCUGAACUUCAGGUCCAGGGGGAAAGCAAGUCAGUGUCUGGCAACUUGGAGGUUUUAAAUGCAGGCCCCGGUCCCUGUUCGAAGACCCCUCUCCUCAUGUCUAGUGCCACGUUUCCGGAAGCAGAGGCACCUGCUCUCAGUUCGUUCCCAGUAGCUCGAUAAACGUAUAUGCCGUUGUUUUCGAGUUUUAAAGUUCGGUCCCCCUUUCCAACUUGAGCUCCUUCUCUUUUCCAGUAGCUGUUCCCGACCGAGGUCCGUGUCCUCCCCUCGGCUCCCCGUGUGCAGGUCUCACACUCGAGUGUUCCAGGGCCCCUGCAGGAAGUCGUCUGAACUCUCAGACCAUGUUGAGGAGAUGCAGGCUUUAAAGUAAGACCCUGAGGGCUGACCACUGGGUCCACAUGUUAAAAUACUACAGAAAAAGAAGUCCUCUGACCAAAUUAAUACUGUAAGAUGAAUUGUACAGCCUGGGAACCAGAGGACCCAGUCCUGGGCUUGGCUCUGUGUUAACUAGCUGUGGCCAGCCACCUCCUCUGCUCUCUCUGGAACACUUCCUAAGUGGAGAACAGAGAUUGAACUAAGCUGGUUUCUUCCAACUUUAAGAUUAUAUAACUAUUUUGGGGGCAAACUGGAAGUCCAUAGAGUCUUUUGCCCUGCCCAGAGGGCCCAGGAGUAGUGAUUCCCAAACUGUGGCUAUGUGGAGCUGAGGGCCGAGUGGUCCCCGGGGGAGGGAGCCCCGCCAUUGCUUCUUUCACCAGGGGGUCCCUCCCUGUUCCAGUGACUCAUCACGCUUCUCUCCCUGGUGCCAUGGCCACGGAGCAGCCAAGAGGCUGACAACCUUGAAGUCUCCCAACAUGUUUUUCUUAGGUUGGAGCAGGGCACUGGGGUGUUAAUGAGCCUGACAGUCAGCCCAAGGCAUUCAUCCAGUGUCUGCAGACUGCCUUUCUCACCAUUUGGCUGCUUGGUGUCCUUUCAAAUGCACUCGGGCUCAGAGAUGUUUGGGUCUCACGGGCUAAGCUUCUACCCCACACAUAAAUCUUCCCCCAGGUCAGCUCGUAUUUAUUUUACAGGCUGGAAAUGCUGUCAGUUACCCCAUUGCUUAGAAUUUGGGGGACAACAGCUCCAUGGAAAACCGUGCCAGCCCUCCCAGGCCCCAUGGACCUCUGGUUUGGAUUUAGCUGGAAAACCCAGUGCUUCUUUGAGCUACAGGAGGUCUGUGCCUGAUCACAUGGAGGCUCCCCUGAGUGUUCUCUCGGCUGCCUUUCUCAGUCCUGUGCUUCCUGCUAUGUUAAUUGGAUGUUUUUACCUUGCCUAACUGCACUGGCGUAUUUCUAAGAGUAUGACAGCAGGGUGAGCUUGUGGAGAAAUCAACCCAAGUGUGCAUUUAGCUGUUGUUUCUUUGACAUAUUUAAAAUAAAUGCUCAACAUGGGAUGAAGGGAAGACAGGGACACUAACACUAACAUUGCCAGGCCCCCACUAUGUGCCAGGUAUGUUAUAUGCAUUGAUUAAUUUAAUGCACACCAUUUUAAAAGACACAACAGGUACAGAGAAGAUGAAUAACUCCUUACAGAUGCAGCAAUCAGCAAGAGGGAUUCAAACGUAUUUCAAUACCCCAAAGUCCGCACUGUUUAUCUUAGCUUGCUAUACUCCUGGUGGAUGAGAAAAUGAUCAUCAGUCAGUCAGGAAAGUAUAAAGCAACAGCUUAUAAUACUGAAUGCAUUUGUUAGUGUCAGUUUCAGCUGCUUAUGUCAGAACAUUGGAAACUACCAUGACUUAAAAGAGGAUAAAGGCUUAUUUUCCUCACACUUCCAAGGAAAUCAGAGGCAGGCAGUCUAGCAGGUUAGCUCCAUGGCAACUGGGGAGCCAGUCUCCCUGUAUCUUUCUGCUCCGGCAUCCUCACACAGUGGCUUCCACCCUUAAGGUGACUUCAUGGUCCAAGAUAGCUGCUGGGGUGCCAGCCAUCUUAGACAAAUUCCAGGUGGCUAAUAGCAGGAAGAAUUCUCCUUAGCAUCCUUUAAAGAGACUUUCAGGCAAUCCAAAGCUCUUCUGCUUAUAUUCCAUUUGCUGGAACUUAAUCCUAUGGUCAAACUCGCUGCAAGGGAGGCUGGGAAGUGUUGUCUUUUAAACGGUACCAU